AUGGAUGACGUCUAUAAAGCAGCAGUUGAGAACUUGACAGAAGAGCAAAAAAAUGAGUUCAAGGCUGCCUUUGACAUCUUCAUCCAAGAUGCAGAGGAUGGCUGCAUCAGCACAAAGGAAUUGGGGAAGGUGAUGAGAAUGCUGGGGCAAAAUCCCACACCUGAAGAACUGCAGGAGAUGAUUGACGAGGUGGAUGAAGAUGGCAGCGGCACAGUUGACUUUGACGAGUUCUUGGUUAUGAUGGUUCGCUGUAUGAAGGAGGAGAGCAAAGGAAAAUCAGAAGAGGAGCUGGCUGAACUUUUCCGCAUGUUUGACAAGAAUGGGGAUGGCUACAUAGAUCUAGAGGAGCUCAAAUCAAUGCUAGAGUCCACCGGAGAAUCCAUCACUGAAGAUGACAUCGAGGAGCUGAUGAAAGAUGGAGAUAAAAACAAUGACGGCAGAAUUGAUUACGAUGAAUUCCUGGAAUUCAUGAAAGGUGUUGAAUAA